AAUCAUAACCAUUCCCCACACCAUUUCUUGACUCAAAAAUGGGGACAACCAAAAACCUACAAACUUGUUUUCUUUUAUGGGUAUUUGCUGCUGGUUUCUGUGUUGCUUCUUCAAGCUUUCAAGAUGAGAAAAACAUCUACUUUUACUAUACUCCAUACGCAGAUGCUUCUCCUCCUCCCAUUGUUUCUUAUCAAAAUCCACCGCCUGCUCAUGCAAAUGAUCCACCAGUUGUUUCUUACCAAAAUCCACCACCAGCUCAUGUAAAUGAUUCACCCGUAGCAGUUUCAAAUCCACCGCCAGCUCAUGCAGAUAAUCCUCCCCCAGUUUCAUACCAAAAUCCACCGCCGGAUCAAUCAAACAACCCACCGUCAGGCGGCGGCAACACACCACCGGUUGAUCAUACACCACCUCACCACCACCACCAUGAAGACAAACCACCAACUAACUGUGGAACACCACCACCACCAUCACCAUCACCACCACCAUUAUCACCAUCACCAUCACCACCAUCACCAUCAACACCACCACCAUCACCACCAUCAUCACCAUCACCAUCACCACCACCACCACCACCAUCAACACCACCACCAUCAUCUAGUGCCUAUGGUGACCCCAAUCCACCACCUCCCAGCGGAGGAAAUUCCCCUAGUGGCACUCCUCCAUCACCAACCGGUUGCAAAGAUCCGUCAAAUUCUACUCUUGUUAGACCCGUAGCAGCACCCUCGCCAAGUGAGCAUCACAACCGUUCCCAACCACCACAAUCUGGAUACCACUACUACCCUCCACCUUCUACAACCACCCCACCACCCUCUGGAUAUUAUUAUCCUCCACCUUCUACAACCACCCCACCGUCCACUCCUCCUACUGACUCUCCGUCCACCACUCCUUACUACAUCACCCCACCGCCACACCCCAAGCACACCACUCCACCGCCACACCCCAAGCGCACCACUCCACCGUCUCACCCCAGAUCACCCACCACCCCACGGUCUACCCCUCCUCCGCCUGGUGACGUGUUCCGAUCACCUCCGUUUUUCCCAAAUAUACCAUUCUUUGGUGGCACAUGCGAUUUCUGGAGGACACACCCAAACUUGAUCCCAGAUCUAUGCAACUGGUGGCGUAGCACAUUCGGCCCACUCUUGGGGCUAGGCAGCAUUCCCGGGUUCGGCUCAGACAUGAGCUUUCAGAACGCACUUUCAAACACCAGAACCGAUGGCAUUGGUGCACUUUACCGUGAAGGAACCGCUUCUUUACUCAACUCUAUGGUAAACCCGAACUUCCCGUUCGCAACCAACGAUGUGGUAGAAAGUUUCGUGGCUGCACUAGUCUCGAAUCGGGCGGCAGCGGCCCAAGCCCACCUUUUCAAGCUAGCCAAUGAGGGUCAACUCCAGCCAAGAGUCUAGUUACCAACUGCAUUGAUCUUUGUCUAUUUCAUAUAAACUUUUAUUUAUUGUUUGUAGGGGGAUAUUUUUGAUAAUUAGCCGCUACGAUAUAUGAUGUUCUGCACCAUGUUUACAUGGAUUAUCAGAAGUUUUGGAUAAAAUGAUGAAUUUAUGAGAUUAUGACUGUUGUUGAC